CAUAAUAUGUUUAUUUUCUUACCAUUUCACUUCCAGUAGUAGCAUAUUUUGCGUGUAUAGUGUGAUUAAAUUACUGAUUAUAAUGGAAUCAAACAAAUCAAUUACAGAAGAUAGAUCACAUUUCACACUUCAGAAAAAAAUACUGAUCAUUCUUAUUUCUACAACUGUUGCUGAACGUAUGUCCCUGUUUUCACUUGCCGGUCACUUGCGACAACUAAGGACGGGUAUAAUGGCUCCGGAUCCGACGGAAAACAACAUGUGCCUCCCGUUGGGAAAAUUUAUAUCUGUUGAAGAUGAUAGUCACCAGUGUCCAGGCGGACUUAAGGAGAAGGGCAACGAAACAGAAGAAACAGAACAAACAAGAUUAUGUUGUGGAUCUAUGAGCAUUGCCAUAGAAAAUCUUUCCGCCAAGAUUGUUAAAGACAAGUAUGAUGACGAUGCUUUUCCUGAAAUUACAUCACUUGAUAUCACGGCAUUUAACUGUUCCGAAAAGAAGACAGUACAGCUGGAAGCAAAUCUUGUAGGUAUUUCGGGUGAUAAUCAACAAGAUCAAAUGAACGCUUCUUCGAGGUUGAUUUGGAAUAGUACAUACCCAUCGUUUUCUUGUCCUAAGCUAAGAUAUCUGACAGACAACGGAACAAUAUACAUCGAAACGAGUGGGUAUUUCUACAUUUCAUCACAACUCAAGUCAAAACACUACUCCAUAAAUGGCACAGCCGGAGUUUCGGGCGCCAAUUUUAAACAUUUUAUUUACAGAAUAUCAGAACAUAGGAAAGAGCAAGUUCUGUUAGAAGGAGAAAAAUCAUUCUGUAAAGUUGCUUCAGACAGUUUUGAAUGUACAAGUUUCAUAGGUGCUAUUUUCAAACUGGAGACCGGAGUCCAGCUAUAUGUAACCACCUCUCACCCAGGUAGUCUUGUUCCCGAGUCUAAAGAUAAUUACUUUAGCAUUUAUAGUGUGUUAUGUACACAUAUAUUUCCAUAGAUAAAAUUAUGCCAAAGAAAAGAUGAGCGCAUUUAUGUUAUUUGGCGGUAUAUUUCAAUUGUGUUUAUUUCAAUAUUCAGUAAUGAGGAACUCACUGAAUUUUUAUCUACUAAACUAAAGCUAUAUGACGAAAUAAGUAAAGUAACGUUCAGAGGAACACAUCCUGUCGACUAUACUAACAGGCAACAAGGAAAGGAAGGGACAAACAUGAAAACAAAGGAAUCACUUUAAACAAGCUUAUACCUGAAAUCAUAAAUAAAAAAGAAUGUUGCUUAUUUAAUUAAUAACUACUCUCAUAAUUAUAAAACAUUGCCGAAGACAUCGUCUUUUGAGUUGUUAUGUAGCGGCAAACAUUUAGUCAAAAAUGAUCUUAAAAAUGAUUUUAAUGCAGAUAUUUUAUAUAAAAAUCAUUUUGUGUGAACAUAUGUAAUAAUAAUGCUUUGUGAAAUUCAUACCUUUAUCACCAUGGUCAUAUAUUUUGUAAGUUUUGGUUUGAAAAAAAAAACAAUAAAAAAAACUUGCAUGUAAGUGAAAUUAGGAGUUUUGUGGUACAGCAGGAAAAUAAGAGAAUUUUUCAGAAAACGUCGUUAUGAUGUGAAUGAAUAGCAUUAUUGCUUACUUGUGUCACUUAUUUAGAUGCUUCUCAUUAAAACAUAUCUAACGAACUGUUUUAUUAUGCCCCCAUUCGAAGAAUAGGGGGUAUAUUGUUUUGUUAAUGUUGGUCGGUUGGUUUUUCCGUCGGUAGACCACAUGGUUUCCGCUGAUUAUCUUUUAAAUAUUUAUAACACAGUUUCCAUAUUUCAUUAAUUGAUUAGUGAUAUGUAGUAGAUGACCCCUAUAGAUUUUGGGGUUCAAAUGUCAAGGUCACAUGGGUAUUGAAUGCCAGAAUGGUUUCAGCUCAUUAUCUUGAAAACUAUUUAUCACUUAGUCUUUCACUUUUUGGCUGGCUAUAACUAGUAGAUGAC